AUGAGGUUCUUCAUUGACGACCUGCCGGUCCUCUUCCCGUAUCCCCGGGUGUAUCCGGAGCAGUAUGCCUACAUGUGUGACCUCAAGAAGACGCUCGAUGCCGGCGGCCACUGUGUCCUUGAGAUGCCUUCAGGAACUGGAAAGACUGUGUCCCUUCUAUCCCUCAUCGUGGCCUACCAGCAGCACUACCCGGAGCACCGGAAGCUCAUCUACUGCUCGCGUACCAUGUCCGAGAUCGAAAAGGCACUGCAGGAGCUGAAAGCGCUCAUGAAGUUUCGUGCCAACGAACUCGGCCACGUCGAAGAUUUCCGCGGCCUGGGCCUGACCAGUCGAAAGAAUCUGUGUCUCCACCCCUCUGUCAAGCGCGAGAAGAGCGGUGCCAUCGUGGAUGCCAGGUGCCGGAGCUUGACGGCUGGAUUCGUCAAGGAAAAGAAGGACAAGGGCGAAAACGUAGAUGUAUGCAUCUACCACGAUAAUUUGGACCUGCUAGAACCGCACAACCUUAUCCCGAAUGGUGUCUGGACCCUUGAUGGGCUGCUGAGAUAUGGAGAGCAGCACAAGCAGUGCCCGUACUUUACGGCGAGGCGGAUGAUGCAGUACUGCAACGUCAUCAUCUACUCAUACCACUAUCUUCUUGACCCCAAGAUAGCCGAACGGGUGUCGAAGGAGUUCUCGAAAGACUGCAUCGUCGUCUUUGACGAAGCACACAACAUCGAUAACGUCUGCAUCGAAUCACUCAGCCAGGAUAUCACAGAGGACUCGCUUCGGAAGGCCACAAGAGAUGCUCAGAACCUGGAACGCAAAAUUGGCGAAAUGAAGGAGACGGAUCGGGAGCAGCUCGAGAACGAGUACCAGAAACUGGUCGAGGGACUUCGAGAUCACGAAGAAGCGCGGCAAGAAGACGCAUUCAUGGCGAACCCCGUGUUGCCAGACGAUUUACUCAAGGAGGCAGUUCCCGGAAACAUCCGCAGGGCGGAACAUUUCGUUGCCUUCUUGAAACGGUUCAUCGAGUACCUCAAGAGCCGGAUCAAGUCUCGGAAGGUCACGUCGGAAACGCCGACCUACUUUCUUGAUCACCUCAAGGAGCACACCUUCAUAGAGAAGAAGCCCUUGCGCUUCUGCGCCGAGCGGUUGACGUCGCUGGUCCGAACGCUGGAACUCACAAAUAUUGAGGACUACCAAACACUGCAGGAGGUUGCGACGUUCGCCACCCUGGUAGCUACGUACGAGAAAGGCUUCCUGCUGAUCCUCGAGCCCUUUGAGUCAGACACUGCUGAAGUGCCAAAUCCCAUUCUGCACUUCACCUGUCUCGAUGCAGCUAUCGCUAUCAAACCCGUCUUUGACAGAUUCAGCUCCGUCAUCAUCACGUCUGGUACAAUCUCGCCUCUGGAGAUGUACCCGAAGAUGCUGGGUUUCAACGCCGUGGUCAUGCAGUCGUACACGAUGACGCUGGCACGCAAGUCUUUCUUGCCCAUGAUCGUCACUAGGGGCAGUGAUCAAGCACCAGUGUCGACCAGCUUCCAAGUCCGAAACGAGCCGAGUGUUGUUCGCAACUACGGAAACCUCCUGACCGAGUUCGCCAGGGUCACGCCUGACGGGAUGGUGGUAUUUUUCCCGUCAUAUCUCUACAUGGAGUCCAUCAUUAGCAUGUGGCAGGGAAUGGGUAUCCUGGAUCAGGUCUGGAAGUACAAGCUCAUUCUCGUCGAGACUCCCGAUGCACAAGAGACCUCGUUGGCGCUUGAGACGUACAGAACAGCCUGCUGCAACGGGCGCGGUGCGGUGCUGCUGUGUGUCGCGCGUGGCAAGGUCUCGGAGGGUAUCGAUUUCGACCACCACUACGGGCGCACCGUGCUGUGCAUCGGCGUGCCGUUCCAGUACACGGAGUCGCGUAUCCUGAAGGCACGCCUCGAGUUCCUGCGCGAGACCUACCGCAUCCGCGAGAACGACUUCCUGUCCUUCGACGCCAUGCGGCACGCCGCGCAGUGUCUGGGGCGCGUGCUCCGAGGCAAGGACGACUACGGAAUCAUGGUGCUCGCCGACAGGCGGUUCCAGAAGAAGCGCGACCAGCUCCCCAAGUGGAUCGAGCAGGCCAUGCUCGAGGUCGACGUCAACCUGUCCACCGACAUGGCCGUGCUGGCCGCCAAGCGCUUCCUUCGGGACAUGGCGCAGCCCUUCCGGCCCAAGGACCAGGAGGGCAUCAGCGUGUGGAGCAUCGAGGACCUCAGGAAACACCAGGCCCAGAUGGACGAGGAGCGCAUCCUGGAGCUGCAGAAGCAGAACGAGGAGAACAUGGCCGAAGAGGUUCGGCGGCAGCAGGCCAAAGCGCUGGCUUUGGACGACGACUAUGACAUGGACGAGGACGACGAGAGAGAGCUGAUGGAGAUUGACGGCAUGGCUUGA